GACCAUCAAGCUUUUGGAGGAACCCCACUGGCUAUGCUAGCUGCCCAGUGCAACAAGAUCACGAGUAAGUCACCACCACCACUUGCCGAGGCAACCGUCGGAAAAUCCUUCAUGCCUUGGAAGAAGCAAUCUCCGAGUGCCCCGUCACCUGCAUCGUUUCACCACCACAUCACCCAGCAAAGGAUGGGCGGGUUCAAUCAUGCCUCUUUACAAAUGACCAACAAUCUUUCCUAUCCACGUUCGACAAUGGUGUCCUCAAACCACCACGCUUCUUACUCAAACGAACUGCUGUAUUCUGGGGCUGGUACCGGUGUUCACGUCACUUCCCAAACGCCAGAUCUUUCCCAGGCAGCGCUGCUUCAAAGAAUGCACAGUGACAAUGGAAUUAGCGGUGCUGGGUUCGGUUCCGUCUAUUCUCGGGUCCCGUCCAUGCCUAGCGCCUAUGAUCACGCCUGGGCCUUCUCGAACAUUCCAACCACACACCCAGGAGCCACACACGGACUCAAACACAACGACAUGGGGCAUUCAGUCAACAGUGGCGGAGCUGCCUGGUGGGAGGUGCACCCAGCUGCAAACAUGCACCCCGCGGGCAGCAACUGGCUAUCGGACUCCUCGACACUCCACGGGCAGAUCGCCGCCGCCUCGUACCCAGCCUCAGACUAUCAUAUAAGUCACCCACUAGCCUCGAACCCUUCCCUUCUGUCCUCACAGCAACACUUUUUACAGGACACGUAUAAAUCUAUGUUACAGCCGACACAGUCGGAUUUGAACCUCAACACCAGCCCAGUGUCGCCGUUCCUACCCCGGCCACCACUGCCAGGGUUGCCGAGUCCAAGGAGUUCCCGACGGUACACGGGCCGGGCUACGUGUGACUGCCCCAACUGUCACGAGAUUGAUCGACUAGGUCCCGCCGGCGAGCAUUUGAGGAAGAGAAACAUACACUCAUGUCAUAUUCCCGGCUGUGGUAAAGUUUACAACAAGACAUCUCAUCUUAAAGCCCACCUCCGGUGGCACACCGGGGAACGGCCUUUUGUGUGUAACUGCGUUGUCUUCCUCCGUAGAUUCACGAGAUCUGACGAACUGCAGCGACAUCUACGGACCCACACAGGAGAGAAGAGAUUCGCCUGUCCCAAAUGUAAUAAAAGGUAUUAUGUGAUGUCAUUGAUAGUAGUUGUUAUACUUCUUUUUGUGUUUCUCUCUUUUUCUGUUUAUUCACUAUCAUUCCAUCCUGCUCCGCCUGAUCCUCAUCCUUCUGUUGGUAUCCACAAUUAG